CAUUAAACUUCUCCCGUAUUUUUGUGUAGUCCCCUAAAAUAACUUUUAAGCAGAUACCUCUUAAAUUGCCUGAUGGUAAAUUAGCCCCUUAAAUAUAACGGCUACCGUUUAUCUCCGUUAAUAUAGCGGGGUUUCGCCUCGACUAAUCCGGACUCGACCCACGUCGCGCAUUUGAAAAUGGUGAGUGAGUCUCCCAGCAGGGACUACUGCAUUCAUAAGGUCUCGAAUUCGAAACCUUUCUUAAGCCGAAAAAUCCGCUUACUACUUGAUCCAAUCCCUCGUUGUCACGUGCUUAUGAGCUGUUAUCCAUACCGGGUCUUCUAUUUGAAUGAACUUUGCCGACACAGAUUACUGCACACAUCAUUUGAUUGAUGAAGUGAAGAGAAAUGAGCAGUGCUCUGUUAGCGCUAACAUGCAAUCGACUUUUCUAGCUGUUGGAUCAACGACCUUUUCAAUAAAACAGUUAGAUGUCUAUUCGUUGGCUAUUUGUUUCCCAUUUUUUGUGAUCUCAAUUUUUUUUCUUGAAUCAUCAAUAAAUAUCAUGUUCAAUCAUAUUUUUCAGAUUUUCUGGAUGCAAAUGACCACAGGCUUAUGAGUUCGAAAACCCCAUAUUCUCAUUCUA